AUGUAGUUAUCUAAGUGGACUUAAGAAUUGAUUUUAUCUUUGAAGCAAUAAAAACCUCAAAAGGUUCUAGAGUUACUUUAGCCCUAUAUAGAUAUUAAGGGCAAAGACUAGUUUUCUGGUGACAAGAUACCAGAUGAUAUGUACUAUCAUUUUAGGUCAAACUUCUAAGAGGAAGCAGACUAGUAAGCUAUAACUAAAUUUGUUACCGGAUUCCUUACGCAUUCAAAGCUGAUUGAUUUGAAUAAAGCUGGAAAGAUAGUUGGCAAAUAAGCAGUAACGAUAAAGAAUGAAAUUUUUGGGAGUAUGAUCCUGGCAUUUAGCGGAUUUGAGACUUUAUGCGACUAGCCAUAUAUGGAUGGCAGAUGGAUAGGCUCUUUGAUUGAUCACUUAUGCAAACUCUUAAGUCAAUACAGCAUAGAGGCCGACAAAGAGUUAAAUGAAUCAGCAGAAGCAAGGGAUUCAGUAAAAUCAGAGCACAAUUUGAAGUCUGCACAUGCCUAAUAAAAUAAAGCGCUCUCUGUUAUGGAAAGUCUUUUCAGAAGAAUAUUACCAUGCAAUAACCAGCCUCCAGAUAACAGAAGGUUUGGAGAUUUCUACAUUGCGCUUAGAAUGAUUAAACUGCAGUUCAAGCAGAAUAGCUAUAAGAUAUCACAAACCUAUUUUAAAUGGAUUGACACCUAGGUAAAUUAAAAUGUUGGCUACUCCCUAGAGCAGCUCACAGAUAAGUACAGAGUUACUCUAGCAUUUUACCAAGGGAGAUUUUAGUUAUAUAAGAAUGAGUUAUAAUUAGCCAGAUAGGAAUUGCGAUUUGCCUUCUAAAACUGUCCUAAUGAUUAUUUAAAGAGCAAAAAGAAGAUACUUAGGUUCCUCGUUCCAGUAGAGAUGAACCUUAAUAAAUUUCCAACCAAGACUCUUCUUACAAAAUAUUAGUUAAACGAGUACAUUCCUUUAAGUGAGGCGUGCAUUGAUGGAGACCUUAAGAAAUUUGAUGAUACGUUAGAGCAGUAUAUGGAUUAAUAUGUAAUGAGUGGAGUUUACUUGGCUGUUGAAAAAUUGAGGCAUUUGACUAUCAGGAAUUUGAUUAAAAAAUAUUCGCUUGUAAUAAAAAGUGAUCCUUCUCUGUAACCAGGCUUUGAAAGUUAGUCUCAUGUUAUUAAGUUAGAGAAUAUCUUUAGUAUAAUGAGUCAAUGGGAUUAAGAGCUUGAUCUUGACGAGCUUGAAUGUAUAAUUGCUAAUCAGAUAUAUCUGGGAUUUAUUAAGGGAUACAUUAUGCAUGAUAGGAGACUUCUCGUACUCGCCAGGAAUAUUGAUCCAUUCACCUUAAAGUACGAAUGA